UGUAUUGGAGAAAAUAAGAGUCUUAGCAAUAAGAAAGAAUGCGAGACAACUGUCUGGUGUUAGUGGAGAUGAAUCAACUUUUUCUCUUUGCAUUUCUAUUAUGGGGAUUUAAUUUAAUAUGAAUUUGCCUAAUGAUUUGUCAGUUUAGUGGUUCUUGUCUAUGAUGGAAAAUUGUACUAUGGUUAGUGGUUCUAGUCUAUGUGUUUUAAAUGUUAGCAGUUAGAUUGUUGUUAUGGAUAGUUGAGGAAAAGACACCUAAAUUUGUAGUGGUGGGCACAAUGUGCUUUGCUGUCUAGACUCUAGAGAAUGGCCGUGACUACUAGACCCACCAACCGGCCUAAGCUUGUGCCUAUAUAGGAGUGGCCGAGUGUGAAAAAUCGAACAAUCCCAAAAUGAAAUGCUCAAAUGACAAAAUCAAAAUUGAAUUCCGUCAAAUAUAUUAUGAUAUAUGGUUUGAUGAUUUGAGCUGGUUUAUAACUGGUUCAAUGUUUGGUUAACUUCGGUUAACGAUCAUAAGUUUUGUAUAUAUAAGCUUAAGAAUGUUUUAGUUGUUUUUAACGCUUGUAACAAACUCUGACGAGAGAUUAAUAAAGUUUGUUAUCUUCUUCUUCAAUCUCUCGUUAUUCUCCGAUACACCGGAGCUUAAUAUGGUAUCAGAGCGUUCUAUUAAGCUUCCGCAUUCUCUUCUUUGUUGUUUCCGGUGAUUGAUCGGAGUUUGUUGAGCUAAAUCGGAGCUCGUUGAAGUACUUUCUUUCGAUUUUUCCUUUUGAUUUCGUCGGAAUUUUUCCAUUCUGUUUCUUUCUUUUCUUCAAUUGACCUUUGUGUUGACGAAUCUUUGCUUCUCUUUACAAUAUUCGUUACACUUUUCUUUGCGAUUUCCUAUUUCUUAUACUGAGAAUGGGAUCUUGUGUUCGACCAUCAUUGUUUCCGACGGAUCAACCACCGCAACUACCGCCUAAUGCUGAGCAUAAUCGAUAUCAGAUGGAUCGAUAUGAGAAUCCUUUUCAUCUUCAUAACAAUGAUCACGCAGGUUUGAUUCUUGUUUCUGAUCGAUUGACCACAGCUUCUGAAUUUCCGGCUUGGAGACGUUCUAUGUGGAUGGCUUUAAAUGUUCGUAAUAAGCUAGGAUUCAUAGAUGGAACGAUUGUUAGGCCUUCGAUAGAUCAUAAAGAUUAUGGAGCUUGGUCUAGGUGUAAUGAUGUUGUUGCGACUUGGUUAAUGAACUCUGUUGAUAAAAAGAUUGGGCAAAGUUUGCUAUUCAUAUCAACUGCUGAAGGUAUAUGGAAGAAUUUGCUUACUAGGUUCAAGCAGGAUGAUGCACCUAGAGUUUUUGAUAUAGAACAACGAUUAAGUAAACUAGAGCAAGGCUCAAUGGAUAUUUCUGCAUAUUAUACGGCAUUGCUUACUUUGUGGGAGGAACACAAGAAUUAUGUUGAGUUACCAGUUUGUUCUUGUGGUAAAUGUGAGUGUGAUGCUGCAGUCAAAUGGGAGAAACUUCAGCAAAGAAGUCGUGUGACUAAGUUUCUUAUGGGACUGAAUGAAGGAUAUGAACAAACCAGACGUCAUAUUCUUAUGUUAAAGCCUAUCCCUACAAUUGAAGAAGCUUUUAACAUUGUUAGUCAAGAUGAGAGGCAGAAGAACAUUAGACCAGCUACUAGAAUUGAUUCUGUUGCUUUUCAAGCUACUGCUCCUAUGGUGGAUAAUGCAGACUAUGGCUAUAUUGCAGCUUAUAACACAGGAAGACCAAUACAAAAACCGAUUUGCAGUAACUGUGGGAAGAUGGGUCAUACGGUUCAGAAGUGUUUCAAGAUUCAUGGGUAUCCACCAGGCUACAAGACUAAUGCACCUUACAGGAAUAAUGGUCAACUACAAAUUCAACCAAGGAUGCAAACAACACAGUUUCAGCCUAGGAUGCCACAACAACCUAUGCAACCUAUGGUCGCUCAAAUGCAGUUAACUUCCCCAAUGCAAUUGGUUCCAUAUGCUAAUACAAUGCAGAAUGCAAAUGCUUAUGCAAAUUCACAUGCAAAUAGCUAUUCAGUAGGUUCUUCUCUGCCUGGUCAACCUCAAGUUACUACUGGUGGUAACAAUGUGAAUCUUCAAGAUCUUACAACAGACCAAAUUCAGAGUCUAGUUUCUCAAUUCAAUUCGUCUGUCAAGGUUCAAGAGACUGAAGUUCCUUCUCCUAGUAUGUCUGGUCCAAUGGCUACUAUUACUGAACAUGGAUUAAUGGCUCAGACUUCUAUUUCUGGAACUUUCUCAGGGCUUGAUGAUUGGGAGGGGUAAACUAUAUAACAAUCUAUACAUUCUUGAAACAGAGAACAAAUCCCUUUCCACAUCAACACCUGCAGCUUGUUCAUUUUCUGGUUCUGUUUUGACUGAUGGUCUUCUUUGGCAUCAAAGGCUUGGACAUCCGUCUUCAAGUGCUUUACAAAAAUUAGUUAGUGUCAUUCCUUCUUUAAAAUCUUUACAGAGUCAUGAAUUUCAUUGUUCUAUUUGUCCUUUAGCAAAGCAAAAACGAUUAGCAUAUGUUUCACAUAAUAAUCUUGCAAGUAAAGCUUUUGAUUUAGUCCAUCUUGAUGUUUGGGGUCCUUUUAGCAUUGAGUCUGUAGAAGGUUUCAAAUAUUUUUUAACACUUGUUGAUGAUUGUACUAGAACUACUUGGAUUUAUAUGAUGAGAAAUAAAGGAGAAGUUUCUGUUGUUUUUCCUGUUUUUAUCAAAUUCAUUGCUACUCAAUAUAAUGCAAAAAUAAAGGCUAUUAGAUCAGAUAAUGCACCUGAACUUGCUUUUCCAGAUCUCAUUAAGGAACAUGGUAUGAUGCAUUAUUUUUCAUGUGCAUAUACACCUCAACAAAAUUCUGUGGUUGAACGCAAACAUCAACACUUGUUAAAUGUUGCUAGAGCUCUUUUGUUCCAGUCAAAUAUUCCUUUACAAUAUUGGAGUGAUUGUGUUUUAACUGCAGCUCAUUUGAUAAAUAGACUGCCAUCUCCGAUAUUGAACAAUAAAUCACCAUAUGAAUUACUUCUUAAUCGUUUACCUGACUAUACUUUGUUAAAGAGUUUUGGAAGUUUAUGCUAUGUUUCUACAUAUGUUCAGGAUAGAAAUAAAUUUUCUCCUAGAGCUAAGCCAUGUGUGUUCUUAGGAUAUCCUUCUGGUUUUAAAGGCUAUAAGGUUCUUGAUCUUGAAUCACAUUCCAUUUCCAUUUCUCGUAAUGUUGUGUUUCAUGAAACUAAGUUUCCAUUCAAAACUAGUGAAUUGUUGUCUAAGUCUGUAGACAUGUUUCCUAAUUCAAUCUUGCCAUUGCCUGUUCCUCUGCAUUUUGUUGAUUCACCAUCUGCAUAUGAAAACUCAGAAAAUAACACAUCUGCAUCAUUCUCACCACCUAGUACCAUUCAUGUUACACAAAAUACAGAGACACAGGAUACAGGUAUUGAUUCUGUUCCUAUUGCUAGGCCUAAACGAAACACUAAAGCACCUACUUAUUUGUCUGAGUAUCAUUGUUCUCUUGUUCCAUUUUCAUCUUCUUUACCACCAACAGCUGAAAUUUCUAAGCCAACUCCAGAUAUUCCUUCUACUUCAUCUUCUUCUACUUUACCACAUACACAUAAAACUCCCUAUCCUCUUUCCUCUGUUGUCUCAUAUACUAAGCUAAAUUCUCCUUUUCAAUCCUAUAUCUUUUCCUAUAAUACUGAAACUGAGCCAAAGACAUUUCGCCAAGCUAUGAAGUCUGAAAAAUGGACUAAGGCUGCUAAUGAGGAGCUUCAUGCUCUUGAAUCUAACAACACUUGGGUUGUGGAAACUUUACCUGAAGGAAAGAAUGUUGUGGGAUGUAAAUGGGUAUUCACUAUUAAAUAUAACCCUGAUGGUACAGUAGAAAGAUACAAAGCAAGGCUUGUUGCUCAGGGGUUUACUCAACAGGAGGGGAUUGAUUAUCUAGACACUUUUUCACCUGUUGCAAAAUUAACAAGUGUGAAAUUGAUGCUUGGUUUAGCCUCUG